AUGGCAUCGAGACAGCUUGCUCGAACCCGCCUUCUUCGAACGCCAGCUCUAUCAUCAACCCGCAUACUCCGGCCUGCUCAUCCACUCCGAUUUUGCCCGGAGACACUCUCCGUUCUACCUCGAGCUUCCGUGGCCGCUACCCUCCAGUCCGUAUCGUUCGUCCGCAACUAUGCCAGUGGACGACCUCAUCCGCCAGGUGGUACACACCGGAUGAACCUGGGCGGCGAACCAGAGAAGUCAGCGUUAGAACAGUACGGUGUGGAUCUCACUGAAAAGGCUAAGAACGGAAAACUCGACCCGGUUAUCGGAAGAGAUUCCGAAAUUCAUCGCACUAUCCAAGUACUGUCGAGAAGGACAAAGAACAAUCCCGUACUCAUUGGCGCGGCAGGUACCGGCAAGACAGCAAUUCUGGAGGGAUUGGCUCAAAGAAUUGUGCAGGGAGAUGUUCCAGAAAGCAUCAAAGAAAAGCGUGUUAUCGCCCUUGAUCUGGGCUCGCUCAUUGCGGGUGCGAAGUUCAGAGGUGAUUUUGAAGAACGCUUGAAAUCCGUUCUCAAAGAAGUUGAGGAUGCGCACGGCGGCGUGAUUCUCUUCAUUGAUGAACUUCAUACUUUGCUCGGACUCGGAAAGGCUGAGGGCAGUAUUGAUGCUGGCAACUUGCUGAAGCCAGCACUAUCCAGAGGAGAAUUGCAGUGUUGUGGUGCCACCACGUUGAACGAGUACAGAUUGAUUGAGAAAGAUGUCGCUUUGGCAAGACGGUUCCAGCCUAUUCAAGUUGGCGAACCAUCAGUGGCUGCUACAAUUUCCAUCCUGCGUGGUAUUAAGAACAAGUACGAAGUUCACCACGGUGUACGAAUCACAGACAGUGCUCUGGUCGCCGCUGCAACAUAUAGCAACCGUUAUAUCACCGAUCGAUUCCUCCCCGACAAGGCCAUCGAUCUUGUUGACGAGGCGGCCUCAGCUCUACGACUGCAGCAGGAGUCGAAGCCCGAUGAGAUCAGAGAACUCGACCGGGAUAUCACAACUAUCCAGAUUGAGCUCGAGUCACUGCGCAAGGAAACCGACGUUGUCAGCCGAGAAAGACGUGACAAAUUGCAGGAAGAUCUCAAGGCCAAGCAGGAAGAGUCAAAGAAGCUGACUGAGGUCUGGGAGAAAGAAAAGGCUGAAAUUGAGACAGUUAAACGUACCAAAGAGGAACUGGAACGCGCUCGAUUUGAGCUGGAUCAAGCACAGAGGACGGGCAACUUCGCCAAGGCUGGAGAAUUAAGAUACUCCACGAUCCCCAGCCUUGAGGCUAAGCUUCCCAAAGAGGGAGAGGAAACGGUUGGGCUCAAACCAACCCUCAUUCACGAUGCUGUGACCGCGGAUGAUAUCGCCAACGUCGUGUCUCGGACCACUGGCAUCCCCGUCAACAAGCUUAUGGCUGGAGAGGUCGAGAAACUCAUCCGCAUGGAAGACACCCUUCGAACGUCGGUCCGUGGUCAAGAUGAGGCCCUUGCCGCUGUUGCCAACGCCGUUCGCAUGCAGAGAGCAGGUCUUAACGGCCAAAAUCGUCCGCUGGCAUCAUUUAUGUUCCUUGGCCCGACUGGUGUCGGAAAGACCGAGCUUUGCAAGAAGAUGGCCGAGUUUUUGUUCUCCACCGAGACUGCCGUCUUACGAUUUGAUAUGAGCGAGUUUCAAGAGAAACACACUAUCAGCCGUCUCAUCGGAUCUCCUGCCGGAUACGUUGGGUACGAUGAUGCUGGACAAUUGACCGAGGCUGUGAGACGCAAGCCCUAUGCAAUUCUCUUGUUUGACGAGUUCGAAAAGGCCCAUCGCGAUAUCUCCGCAUUGCUUUUGCAGGUUCUGGACGAAGGAUUCUUGACUGAUGCCCAGGGCCACAAGGUUGAUUUCAGAAACACGCUCAUUGUUCUGACCUCGAACCUUGGUGCUGAAAUCCUUGUCGGUGCUGAUCCUUUGCACUCCUUCAAAGACUCCGAUAAUGAUGCCGAGCUCUCCACCGACAUCAAGAAGGCAGUCAUGGAAGUUGUGCAGUCUGCCUAUCCUCCAGAGUUCCUCAACCGUAUUGAUGAAUUCAUCAUCUUCAAGAGACUUUCUCGGGAGGCUCUUCGCGAUAUCGUCGAUAUUCGAAUCAAGGAGCUUCAGUCAAGACUCGACGAUCGGCGCAUUACUCUCAAGGUCGAGGAUGAAACCAAAGACUGGCUCUGCGAGAAAGGCUACGACCCUAAAUAUGGUGCUCGGCCUCUGAACCGCCUGAUUGCCAAGGAGAUUGGCAACAGACUGGCCGACAAGAUCAUCCGUGGUGAACUGUCGUCUGGGCAGACUGCCCUUGUGACCUUUGACGCCGAUAAGACUGGACUCCAGGUUACGGCAGAAGGCGCCAAGCAGGAGAAGUCAUGA